GGACCGCGGAGCUGCUGCGACUCGCGACAGAUCGCGGGCUUCGGGCGCCGCGUCUCCGGGCAAAGGGAACCGCCAGGGAGGGCAGGAGAGCGCGCCGGGGCCGGGCCCCAGCCGCCUCCGCCCCAGCUCCCCUCCGCUCCCCUCCGCUCCAUGGCUCCGCGGCCGCCGCCGCCGCCCGUGCCGCCCUCCAGCCCGCAGGGGCCUCGCGGCAGCGGGUACGAACACUCCGUCAAGGACUAAGCGGCACCGCUGCCUCCUCGCCGGCUCCUCUCCGCUUCCUAAGGAAAGCCGAGACGCGAGAGCCGGGAGGGAGAAGGGAAGAGGGAGCAGAAGCGAGCGGAAAGUCGGGCUCUGGGCACCGCGGGACUGCACAGCUCGGAGGAGGCUGCGCCCGGGGCGGCGGGCAGAGCGCGCAGCGGCGCCGCCGGGUUGCGCCGAGCUCCGGGGCCCGGCGGCUGCGGAAAAGCUACUCGGUGCCCCGGGCCUCCCCGCGCACCUGCCCCGGGCGGUGCCCCCGACUCACUUGGCCCCCGGAGUUCCCUUCCCCAUCCCCGCCGCUGCAGCCGGAGCGGGGCUCCGCGGGCCUGGAGCACAGCCGGGUCUAAUAUGCCCGGAGCCGAGGCGCGAUGAAGGAGAAGUCCAAGAAUGCGGCCAAGACCAGGAGGGAGAAGGAAAAUGGCGAGUUUUAUGAGCUGGCCAAGCUGCUCCCGCUGCCGUCGGCCAUCACCUCGCAGCUGGACAAGGCGUCUAUCAUCCGACUCACCACCAGCUACUUGAAGAUGCGGGCCGUCUUCCCCGAAGGUUUAGGAGACGCGUGGGGACAGCCAAGCCGCGCCGGGCCCCUGGACAGCGUCGCCAAGGAGCUGGGAUCGCACUUGCUUCAGACUUUGGAUGGAUUUGUUUUCGUGGUAGCAUCUGAUGGCAAAAUCAUGUAUAUAUCGGAAACAGCUUCUGUGCAUUUGGGCUUGUCGCAGGUGGAGCUCACCGGCAACAGCAUCUAUGAAUACAUCCAUCCUUCUGACCACGACGAGAUGACAGCCGUGCUAGCAGCCCACCAGCCCCUUCACCAUCACCUGCUCCAAGAGUACGAGCUAGAGAGGUCGUUCUUCCUGCGGAUGAAGUGUGUCUUGGCGAAAAGAAACGCGGGCCUGACGUGCAGCGGGUACAAGGUCAUCCACUGCAGCGGCUACUUGAAGAUCAGGCAGUAUAUGCUGGACAUGUCCCUGUACGACUCUUGCUACCAGAUCGUGGGGCUGGUGGCCGUGGGCCAGUCGCUGCCGCCCAGCGCCGUCACAGAGAUCAAGCUGCACAGUAACAUGUUCAUGUUCAGGGCCAGCCUCGACCUGAAGCUGAUCUUCCUGGAUUCCAGGGUGACCGAGCUGACCGGGUACGAGCCGCAGGACCUGAUCGAGAAGACCCUCUACCAUCACGUGCACGGCUGUGACGUCUUCCACCUCCGCUACGCGCACCACCUCCUGCUGGUGAAGGGCCAGGUCACCACCAAGUACUACCGGCUGCUGUCCAAGCUGGGCGGCUGGGUGUGGGUGCAGAGCUACGCCACCGUGGUGCACAACAGCCGCUCGUCCCGGCCGCACUGCAUCGUGAGUGUCAAUUAUGUCCUCACGGAGAUCGAAUACAAGGAACUGCAGCUGUCCCUGGACCAGGUGUCCACGUCCAAGUGCCAGGACUCCUGGAGGACUGCCUUGUCUACCUCACAAGAAACUAGGAAAUUAACUAAACCCAAAAACACGAAGAUGAAGACAAAGCUGAGAACAAACCCUUACCCCCCACAGCAAUACAGCUCGUUCCAAAUGGACAAACUGGAAUGCAGCCAGCUGGGAAACUGGAGAGCCAGCCCCCCGGCGAACGCCCCAGCACCCCCAGAACAGCAGCUCCAUUCAGAAAGCAGCGACCUUUUGUACGCCCCGUCCUACAGCCUGCCCUUCUCCUACCAUUAUGGACACUUCCCUCUGGACUCUCACGUCUUUAGCAGCAAAAAGCCAAUGUUGCCGGCCAAAUUUGGGCAGCCCCAAGCAUCCCCGUGUGAGGUGGCACGCUUUUUCCUGAGCACCCUGCCAGCCAGUGGUGAAUGCCAGUGGCAUUACGCCAACCCCCUAGUGCCUAGCAGCCCGACUCCAGCUAAAAGCCUUUCUGAGCCGCCAGUGAACGCUGCUCGGCACAGCCUUGUGCCAAACUACGAAGCGCCCGCCGCCGCCGCCGCGCGCAGGUUCGGCGAGGACACCGCGCCGCCGCCGCCGAGCUUCCCGAGCUGCGGCCACUACCGCGAGGAGCCCGCGCUGGGCCCGGCCAAGGCCGCCCGCCAGGCCGCCCGGGACGGGGCGCGGCUGACGCUGGCCCGCGCGGCGCCGGACUGCUGCGCGCCGCCGGCCCCCGAGCCCCCGGGCGCGCCUGCGCAGCUGCCCUUCGUGCUGCUCAACUACCACCGCGUGCUGGCCCGGCGCGGGCCGCUGGGGGGCGCUGCGCCCGGCGCGCCCGCUCUCGCCUGCGGCCCCGGCGCCCCCGAGGCGGCGGCCGGCGCGCUGCGGCCCCGGCCCCCCGGCCCCGCCGCCGCCUCGCCGCCCGGCGCGCCGCUGCCGCACUACCUGGGCGCCUCGGUCAUCAUCACCAACGGCAGGUGACGUCGCGCUGGGCUGCCCGCAGGGAGAAGCCAUAGGCCAGGCCUCGGGCUCCGGUUCUCCAGAGCGCAGCCGAGUGGCGAGGCGCGAGCUGCAGACGCUCGGUUUAAAUUAAUUUAUGCAGAGACGACUAUUUUACUAGAACUCCGCGGCCGCCUUCUAGAUUUGUACGAGGAUCCCGCAAACGCCGGUGCAGGGGACUGCGGCGCGGCCCGAGGCCGGGGGAGAAAGGCCCGCCGGACCUUUGUCCUCCCAGAUACGGGCCCCCAAGGGGCGGGGCUGAGCGCCCCCCGCGUCCCGUGUGACCUCAGACUACCCCGUCGGGCGGCGGACUCGGGUGCCCCACCUUGCCGUCGGGGGCGCGCGCCUCGCCUCGUCCGCGGUGCUCGGUAGCCGCCCCGCCGGGGGACGGGAGGAGCUCCCCCCAACGGAGAGCCCCCCCCCACGUAGAGCGGAGAGCCCCCCCAUGCGGUGAGACACGCCGGGCGGUGCCCCCCCCCCCCGCCAAGGAGGCCGCCUCCGGAACUCGGCGCUCCUGGCGUCUUAAGGCAGGGUGUGACGUCUGAAGUCCCGCACAUCGACGACAACUCUGACUUUGCAGGUCAUUCACGAGUCUCAUUUGUCGUUUUAAUUGAAGCCUUUUCUCAGUACAAACAUCAUCAAGCCGAGACCAAGGGGGUGAAGGCACGUGGGGGUGCCCCACAAGCACGUUCAUGAGCUUUCACUUCCAAGCCCUGUGAACUCUCGAUACCAACAAGAAUAGCACCUUCCGAAUAGAUGAAAUAGGCAUUAAAUGCAGAACUAGAGAGAGCCAGGUGUUUCGGAGAAUGACACGUUGGAUGAUGAGGUGCCCAAGGCGACUGGCUACCCUUGUCGGGUUUGAUUACGAGGCAGCAUCCCUGUGGCCCACACAGACCUGUAACUCCCUAGGCUCGGGUUUGCUACAAGUAAUGCUAAUAAAGUUAGUUAAAUUGCAUGUGCAAUAUGGAAAAUUGUCAAUGGACUGCGCCCUCGUGGAAGAAAGCUCGCUAGAGGGAUGGUAUAAAAAUGGUGUAUACAUUUUCUUCAGCAUUUCCUGCAUUUUCUGCAUAGCAAAAAAAAAAAAGAACAAAAAACAAACAAAAAAAACCAAAAAGCCCUUGAACAUAUCCUGUAACAGGUGAACAGAAAUCCUUUUAUAAAGCACCAGCAGUGUUUAAAAAACAAAUUUCCCUUCAUUUUUGUCUGUUAUAUUUUUGCUUCAAGAUUUCACCAUUUAGAAAUCCCAGCGUGCCUCUGAAAUGGAUUGGUGCAUGGAACCACCGUUUCAAUCUUUUCCCCACUCUAAAACACGCCCUCAUCUCCCUGUUUCCAAAAGGCUUUUCUUUCAGGAAACUCUGCGCCUUUCUGAGUGGAAGGAAUUUUCACAAAUGUCUUUUUAAGUCCUCCUUGGCGAAUCGAAGCGCACCUAUAUAUAAUUGACUGUUUGCAAAAUCUCAGACGAUUGCUUGCCAACCUGGUGUCACACUGAGGGGCCGCCUCAUUCUUAGCAGGGCUUCGGGAGCCUGAUGUAGGGGGUGACACUUGCAAAUUUAGGAGCUGGAGUCUGUCCUGCAGCAAAGGGACUGAGUCAUAAGUAUCCACCUCCCGACUGCACUUAGCGAUACCUCAUGAGCAGCUCUUUGUGCACACAGAAAACAAGCCUGGGGUAUUAUUUUUUUAUGCUCACAAGUCCUGUCAUUAAACCAGGAUUCCUGAAAGGUGCGGUUUGAUGAGCAGCUAUCACCUGACAUUUUUCAAUAAAGUGCCACAAAAUGCG